AUGGCAGCCAUUGACCUGACGCACCUAGUUCACGAGACAUACCACACAAAUGCUACCGAUGCAUGGUGGUAUAACGGGUUCUACGUGUCAACAGCCGCCAUAGUUCUCCUCAUGUUCUUCUCCUCCCCUUCAAUGCUUGACCCGUCUACCAUGGAUAAAGUCAGAAUUGCGUGGAGAGAAGCUACGGGCGUUCUGGAGUCGAUGGCCACAGUUAGACGCUCAGCGAACAACACGCUUCAGUUCCUCAAAGCUUUUUAUCGGCAAGCAGUUCCUGCAGAUGUACAACAAACAGAGAGUCAGACUGCUGGUACUGCUUCGCUACAUUCAGAUGACAUAGCUCAACCUCACACUCCGUUUGAUCACCCGGAUCACGACUUGACUCAAGCUCCAUUCUUUAAUUGGGAGGAUUAUGCCGGAAGUAUGGGACAGAGUCUGGAUGAUUUGGGAUUCUUGACGAGGCUUUACUUUCCUGAUUAUUUACCUUGACACUGAAGGGCUUCUGUUAGCUUCCGUUAAGUGGAUCGAUCCAUCCCUGGAUGUG